AUGCCGUUCGUCCAAGCAAACAGUCACCGUCUCUACUAUGCUGACUCCCACCCCGCUGGCCCUCCGACCCCAACCGGCCUGACCUUCAUCUUCAUCCACGGCCUGGGCUCUUCACAAAACUACUACUAUCCAGUAAUCCCGCACCUCACAAAACUCCACCGCUGCAUUACAAUUGAUACAUACGGCGCCGCCCGCUCCCCGUACACCAAUGACACAAUCACGAUCCCCGGUAUCGCAGAGGAUGUCAUCGGUGUGCUAGACACGCUGCGAGUCCACAAGGCCGUCGUAGUUGGCCAUUCAAUGGGCGGGCUCGUGGUGACAGAGCUGGGUGCGCGGCAUCCCAGUCGCAUACAGGGCGUUGUGGCUAUUGGGCCGACGCACCCGUCGGAUACCUUGGUGACGGUCAUGAAUAAGAGAUCGGAGGCUGUCCUUGAGUCUGGAAUCGAGCCAAUGGCAAAUACAAUCCCCUUUGGAGCUGUCGGCUCGCGCAGUUCCCCGCUUCAAAAGGCUUUCAUCCGGGAGUUAAUUCUGGGCCAGGAUCCUAAGGGCUAUGCCGCGCUGUGCCGCGCUAUUGCGACCGCGAAGCCGGCAGACUAUGCUGCUGUCAAGGCGCCUUUCCUGCUUAUUGCGGGCGAGGAGGAUAAGUCUGCUUCUAUGGAGGGGUGCCAGCAUAUUUUUGAUCAUGUCUCGAGUAAACAGAAGUCUCUCGAGGUAUUGAAGGGGGUUGGGCAUUGGCAUUGUAUUGAGGCUGCUGAUGAGGUGGGUGGGUUAAUUGCUAAGUUCGCGAAUGUUGCGAAUGCUUGA